CUAAAUUAAAUCGGAAGUAAGUACGUGGCCGCUUCAGGCAGCUCAUAUUCUGCAUGAUGGCGACAGAGGUUCAGAGCGGCGACCUCAACAAUGGCAGUUCUAGCCGGCUCGAAGUCUCAAUCGAUGGCCUCACCCUUAGCCCGGAUCCCGAGGGCGAGCAGGAGCAAGUCUUUGAACCGGACCCCGAGCCCGCGGAGCAGGAGACCGAGGACCAGAGCACCGCCGAAACCACCGACGAUGGGCAGGAAGGCGAGUCUGCCAAAACCACGAUAGAGAGGAAAUGGGGCUUUGGUUUGCUGGAGCUAUACGGACUAGCAUUGAAAUUCUUCAAAGAUAAGGAUGGGAAGGCCUUUCACCCCACCUAUGAGGAGAAGCUUCGUCUGGUGGCCCUCCACAAGCAGGUGUUACUGGGGCCAUACAACCUCGACGCCUCUCCAGAGGUGGGCUUCUUUGACGUCCUGGGCAAUGACCGCAGGAAAGAGUGGGCUGCUCUGGGUAACAUGGAGAAGGAGGAGGCCAUGGUGGAGUUUGUCAAGCUGUUGAACAAAUGCUGUAAUUUAUUCGCUCCUUACGUCACCUCCCACCAAAUAGAGAAGAAGGAGCAGGAAAGGAAACGGAGGGAGGAGGAGGAACGACAGCGCCGGGAGGAUGAAGAGCGGGAACGACAGAGGCAGGAGGAGGAGAGGCGGAGGCUUGAGGAGGAGGAGAGGCUGAAGAGGGAGGAGGAGGAAAGGAGACAGUUGGAUGAGGAGAGGCUACGGGUGGAGCAGCAUAAACAGCAGAUCAUGGCAGCAUUGAAUGCCCAGACAGCGGUGCAGUUUCAGCAAUAUGCUGCCCAACAGUAUCCAGAGAGCCCUGAGCAGCAGCUGGGUCUCAUACGCCAGCUGCAGGAACAACACUACCAACAGUACAUGCAGCAGCUCUACCAAGUCCAGCUGGCUCAACAACAGGCAGCCUUACAGAAGCAGCAGGAGGAUGGGGUGGUGCAGGCUACCCUGGAGGUCACAACUGAGCCUUUAGCUGCAGUUCCCCCGGCUAGAGAGGAGGUCCCCAUGCUCAACGGCCAGUCAGACUCCCACUCUGAGAGCAUGGACAAAGAGCCAGAACCCCUCGAGCCUGCCGACGAGGCCACUGAGAAUGGACCCAUGGGUACACGCACGCAUCGACCAGCAGACUCUUCCCCGGUCAUCGCGGCUCCCUCCAUGUGGACGCGGCCCCAGAUCAAGGACUUCAAGGAGAAGAUCCGACAGGAUGUGGACAGUGUGAUCACGGUGGGGCGUGGCGAGGUGGUGACGGUGCGCGUGCCCACCCACGAGGAGGGCUCCUACCUUUUCUGGGAGUUCGCCACGGACCACUACGACAUUGGCUUCGGGGUCCUCUUCGAGUGGACUGAUGCCACCAACGCCUCGGUCAGCGUGCACGUCAGCGAGUCAAGCGACGAAGAUGAUGAUGAGGAAGGAGAGCCUCCCAGGGAGGGGGUGAAGCUUAAGAAGGGGGCAGGGAAGCCCCAGGUGGAUGAGAUAGUGCCGGUGUACCGGCGGGACUGUCACGAGGAGGUCUACGCUGGCAGUCACCAAUACCCCGGCCGUGGAGUCUACCUGCUCAAGUUCGACAACUCCUACUCUCUCUGGAGGUCCAAGAGCGUCUACUACAGAGUCUACUACACCAGAUAAGCCUGGAGAUGGACUGGGGGAGGGUGGCUUGUAUGUUAAGAGAGGGGGAGGGGGGGGUGAGAGGAUCUGUUCUGGACAAGACCACCAGAGGGUGACAGAAAUGUCAGACUCAGUUUGGAGAUGGGAACUUCUAUCUGUUUGGUGUGUGUGUGUGUGUGCAUACACCUCGUUGGAGUUUGGGGGGGGGUUAACGCUGUAGUCUAUUUGCCGACCUGUCUUUUCUCUCUGAGACCACCUCUAGGACUCUGUUGUAUUAAUGUCUGUCUUCCCUGCACAAAGGUCAUCUUACCCACAGUCUAUGUUCUGUCAUGUCAUGUCAUUGUUAUGGCUGUGCUUCUAUCUGACUGAGACGCUUCUUAACCGGAGUAUACAUUUUUCAAGCCCACCAUGGGUCAACACAGCUGAACUUCAUACAGGGUUUUGUCCAAUGAGAGAAGUCCUGGACAGAGUCCAAACAGAGUGACACACUACAGCACCAUGCCUUUGUACUAUAGCAGGAGUCCCUUAUAGACCAACACCGAGUAACACACUCAACUGAACACAGUCAAUCGCUCCUGUAGUGGCAAUACAGCUGCGGAAAGAGCUACACCCAGAUCCACAUGAACGCCUAGCCCCUACCACCUACACCCUACUGGGAUCUGAGAGGGUUGGAUUAUAGGCAUAAGCAAUACGGCUUAUCUGUGUAAAGUUUGCACAUCUCCACAAGUGCGUAGGGAGAAGGGGCUAGGGGUAGAUUGGGUUCUAUUCUACUGAACGAGGGAUCAUUGAGAAGUGGGGAAGGGUUAUUGGUGGUGGAAGAGGGGAUAUGACAUGUACAUUGGAAAGUAUGGUUGAGGCCUUGUAAAUUUGGGCAUCUCGAAAUGGAAUGCUGAAAAAAGGUGAUUGUCUAAAAAUGAUUUAAUAAAUAUUUAUUUGCCCUUUCUUGUAGAGUAGGAUCAUUUUUGUGUCUGUAUUUCAUCUCCAGUGGCCUCCCUGCUUCAGGAGACAUGUCUCUUUAGUCGUUAGAUCAGGGUUCCCAAAUCGGUGGCCUGCAGGUGAUUUAAAAAUGGUUUUUUUUUAAAACAUUUUAUUUGGUCCCCUAAGUUUUUCUGGUGUAGGACAGAAGACUAAAAUCAACAGGAAAUCAGCUCAAAGUGAUUUUUAAUUUAGGAAAUCUGUUCCCAAGUAUUCCCACACAGAAAUAAAAAGGGUUACGAUCACAUAUGCCAUUGUAAUCAAGGUUUAAAAUGAUUCUGUUUUUGUCAAAUGCUUUAUCUGUUUUGGAUUCUUGCAGUCAAUUUGCAGUGUACAAAUUAUAAUUGUUCGGCCUCCCGACUAUCCGCUCAAGGAGAACUGGUCACAUGGCUGAAUGUAAUGGACCCUGCUUUAGAUGUUUGCUUUUCUUUAUGGCUGCUGGUCUCAGGACAUGACAGGUUUCCAUCCUUAUAAUUUUCACCUAUCGGUCUAUCCCUAUAAGAGGGCAAGGAAAGCAAGCCAGUAAAGAGUAUUGGAACAUGCCACAUGUCUGUUCAGAGGGAGACUGGACACUGUCCUCUUGGCUAUUGUGUGUUGAGUUUGUCACUAAUUUGAUUUGACUCAAGAAGAUUUUUGCCUUUUGUUUUUUUCAUUUCACUGUUACAUCUCGAUAGCAUCUUAUCUUUCAGAAGUCCACAGCCAAGCACAAUAUUGGCUGUAUUUAUGUCAUCAUUUGAUGGAUUGAUUCAGAUUUGUCAUCUCAAAUAUGGCUUUGAACUAUCGCUAAUAAACUGGUCAUUCAUGUCUCUGAGAGUAAUGCUCUCUGGUCACAUCUAGCUCUGGUCGUUCAUGUCUCUGGUUGAGAGUAAUGCUCUCUGGUCACAUCUAGCUCUGGUCGUUCAUGUCUCUGGUUGAGAGUAAUGCUCUCUGGUCACGUCUAGCUCUGGUCGUUCAUGUCUCUGGUUGAGAGUAAUGCUCUCUGGUCACGUCUAGCUCUGGUCGUUCAUGUCUCUGGUUGAGAGUAAUGCUCUCUGGUCACAUCUAGCUCUGGUCGUUCAUGUCUCUGGUUGAGAGUAAUGCUCUCUGGUCACGUCUAGCUCUGGUCGUUCAUGUCUCUGGUUGAGAGUAAUGCUCUCUGGUCACGUCUAGCUCUGGUCGUUCAUGUCUCUGGUUGAGAGUAAUGCUCUCUGGUCACGUCUAGCUCUGGUCGUUCAUGUCUCUGGUUGAGAGUAAUGCUCUCUGGUCACGUCUAGCUCUGGUCAUUCAUGUCUCUGGUUGAGAGUAAUGCUCUCUGGUCGUUCAUGUCUCUGGUUGAGAGUAAUGCUCUCUGGUCACGUCUCUGAGAGUAAUCAGUUAUUGAGCUCAGACUGAGCUCAGUGUUUAACUCUUAUGAUUUCUGAGUUUAUUUUGCUGGCAUUAUUUUGUAUUGUUCAGACUGUUCACCUACCUUACAUCUGCAUGCUUUGUGUUUCACUUGAAGUCAGAUGGUCACCAGGGUUUGUUGAUGAGUUGUUCUUCUUUUGAAAGACUUUUCGAUGAAUCCUACUGUUUGGUUUCUGAUGGAUGACCAAGUCUCCUUUCAAAUGAGUUGUACAGUGUCAACACGGGUCAGACUUUGGCUUAUCGGUAGGCCUGAUUCUAAUCUUGACUCCCUCUCCUCGUUGGAUGUUCCUCCUUGUUGUUUUGUUCAUUUGUUUAAAGUACUUUUACUCACCAACUAGUAGCCUAAUGAUAAAGAUUGUUCAAGCCUUGUAUGUAAAUAAUUAUAAAUGGAUUUUAAGUGUGGGUUCGAGAGAUGUGGGGGGGGGCAAAGGGUUGAGAAGUGAUGCACUGUAGUAUGGUGAAUGAGAUUAUGUAUAUUGUUUCCCCAAAAAGUCUAACUCAAGUGUAAACUGAAAGACAAUGAAAUGUGGAAAAAUGCUCAUCCAUGUUUGUAUUGCUUUGACUGUAUGAUCUGUAUGAGUUUGAAGAAUCUGGGCAUAUAUUUAACCUCGAUUACAUUUAUGCUCCUCUCUAUUACCUGAAUUUCUUCUCACGUGUUAUUUUAUUUUUACAAUGUAAAUGUUAAAUUGAGGUAAAUUUUGUUCUACUUUUUGUUACAGUCCAGUUGUUAAGAUUAUGUAGUAGACCUUCAUCAGUCUCAUUACAGAUGUUUCUUUUGCAAUCUUUUAGAAAUGAUCAUUUUAUAAACGUUGUGUACACUCUGUCCCAAAA